GUUCCUUCUACCAUGCAAAGAAUAAUGGAUCCUGAUCAAUAUUUCGAAGUGAGAUCAGAUUACCUCUAUCUAAGUUGAUUCUAUGCUCAUGUCGGGUUGGUGAUUAAUCAAGAUUAAAAAGAGCGUGUGCAGUGAACAUACAAAGGAUAAAGAGGUAUGGGCGAUUACCAAGACUUGGGAUUAUUGCAUUAUGACGAUAACCUGGACUACGAAUAUCAGUCACGCAAUCAAGAACAAGAUUUAUUCGUUUCUUACGAAAAUGCGGACUACGAGUAUGAAGAUGAAUACGACCAUCAAGUAAACGACGACCAGAGCCUGAGAAAUAUUUACAACCGCUGUGUAUACCCUACAGUAUUUGAUGCUUGCAAUUACUUAAUUCCACUGGUGAUAGCUUCCAUCAUAUUCAAGAGUAUAACCCAAUCUAGCUACACACCGCAACGAGGCUUUCAUCUAAUUUCUGCAGUCAUUGGAUUCUACGUUGUACAACUGUAUGCCGCUGAAUGUUUGUACUUGUUGAUUACCCUGAUUACCUUAUCGUACCUGGUUUUUUGUUUGCCUGGUCGGUAUGAGAGAAGGCUAACUAUCAGUUUGCUAUGCUUUGGUGUAAUAUUGUACGGCGAAAGAUGGAUGAAACCAGCAUUCUGGCACAAAAUACGUGGCGUUACCAUGAUUGCUUCUAUGAAGGCGGUGAGCGUCGCAAUGGAAUCUGACAUUUCUCCAUCACCUAGUCUCCUGGAAUACACAGGAUAUAUGCUGUGCCCACCCACCUGCCUUUUCGGGCCCUGGGUUUCCUACAAAGAUUAUGCCACCCUGUAUCGUGUUAACCAGUGGAGUUUACGAAGGAUUCUCAUAGCUCUUGGAUAUUUGACGCUCGCAUUUGCAUUUCUAAGCAUAUCGAAUUGCUGGGCUGAAUGGAUUUUUCCGGAUUCCGUAUGGAGAUGGAUUGUGGCAUACAGAGAGGCAUUGUGCUUCCGAUCUUCGCACUACUUCAUAUCCUAUACAUCCGGGGGCUUGGCUUUGCUAGGAGGAUUCUCCUCGACCACAGCUACUGUAACAAAACCCAGAUCAGUCGAGCUACCGCACUCUCUUGUCCAAGUCGUUGUUCAUUGGAAUAUCCCCAUGCAUAAUUGGCUGAAAACAUAUGUAUUUCGACACAGCCGUGAACAUUUUGGUCAGUUCGGAGCAGUCUUCCUCACCUACGCAGUCAGUUCUCUUCUCCAUGGUUUCAACUUCCAGCUAGCCGCCGUCCUUCUAAGCCUUGGGUUCUACACAUAUGUCGAAUACCAGUUAAGGCAGGAACUUGCUCGUACUUUCGAUGCUUGCAUUGCCGCUAGACGUUGCAGCGGCCACAAAUGUAUACACAAACGAACCACAGCCAACUGUUGGUGGGUUUUGGUGAUAAAUAUUUUAUUCUCUGCAUUGGCCAUGUUCCAUCUGGCUUACUUGGGACUGAUGUUCGAUACAUCUGAACAACAAGAGACGGGAUAUAGUUACUCGCAUGCAAUGGAGAAGUGGUCCAGUCUCAGCUUUGCUAGCCACUGGGUCGUACUUGCCACAUAUUUCGCCUAUUUUAUGAUUAAAUAAUGAAUGAUACCUCUAUUUUAUUUGUGCAUCAACUUUCGA